AUUGUUUCAAAAAGCCAAGGAUUUACUCUGUAAUAUCAGAUACUUUUUCGAUGGACGGGCUAGUUACGACCAGCAACAUACGUGAACACAAAGAAGACAGGAAAACUAUAUCUAAAUGGCUAAAGUAUUCAAAUUUAAAAUCAUUGAUACCUGAUUUUUACGAGGAGGCCAAAGUUCUGGAACACAUAUUGUCUGAAAAACUAGAAAGAAAAUCAAAUGAAUGUGAUAUAAGCCGAGCUUUUGAACUAGCAUCGAUGGACACAAUUGGAAGAACAGCGUUGGGAGAAAAAUUUAAUUCACAAAAUAAAGCCAAUCAUGCAUUUCAACAUAACUAUGAACGUCUAGCAAAAAUUUUUGAAUACAGAAUGGAGCGACCGUGGUUUUUGUUUUCUAGAUUAUUUUCACUAUCAUCUCAAAAACAUCAACAAAGCAAGAGUCAACAUAUAGCACAUACAUUUUUAAAUAAUUUAUUUCAGAAAAAACAAGUCGAAGGUAAUGAAAAACUGCGAUAAACGGAAGCGAUGGCGAGGAUAGUAUUUGUCGAAAACCAAAACCUCUAAUCGAAAUUCUACUAGAAAAUGAACACCAGAGAUCAUAUAAACAGCUAAGGGACCAAUUAAUUACAAUGACAGUUGCCGGACACGACACGACCGCAAUAACAAAUACAAUGAUUAUAUGCAUGCUGGCUCAUCAUCAAGAUGUACA